AAAUUAAGUGAAUUAUGUCAACAAGUUGAACAAUUACCAAAACAAAAUGAAGAUAUUGAAAAUGGAAAAACAAAUAUUAAACAAAAAGAUUUUAAUCAAACAGCAUUGAAACCAUUUAUCGAUAUAUUUUCUCGUUUUGUUCAACGUUCACAAACGAGUAAACAAGAUGAAACAUUAGCUAAAAGUGAUUUUAAUACAAUGUUAUCAGGUGAAAUUUAA